AUGUCCUCCCCCUUGCAGAAUGUGUCUUCUAGCACAUUUGACGCAUCAAUCCUCACCCUUCAGGCCGACUUUUCUAGUGGCCUCACCCUUUUGACAACAGCUCCCACUGCCAAUGAAUUCUUCAGAACCACAAUUUCAACCCCUUGCCCCCCAGAGAAAAUUUUGAAGGAGAUUGUGCAGAAGAUAUGGGGUCAUUCAUCUGUUCAGACAGUUGAUGUUGGUGAGAUACUAGAGAAUGGAUAUGUCACAGAUGAUUUGAGCCUUGAAGCUUGCAUCACAGGCUAUGCCAAGAAAAGGCUCAAGCUUCACCAUAAGUCUAGCCAUAAUACUUGCAGCCUGUCACGACCAACAAAUCUUGGGGCUCCCCCCCAAUCCGAUGUCUGGCCCCUGCCCUAUCAACCAUGCACUGCAUCCAGACCUCCACCCGCAUCUGGACUUCUGCCCGCAUCCGGACCUCCACCCACAUCUGUACCUCUGCCCACCUCCACACCCUCUGGACCUCUGCCACUCCUGGUUGCCCUCUACACCCUGUGGUCAGGCCAACACUCCCCUCUGUCAGGGACGGCUCGAGGAAGGGAGAGGUAG